UGCACACCCCCGUGCUGCUGCCAGCCCCCAUCCCCUCCCGCCUGCUCUGCAUCAGGCACCGCUCCAGCACCCACCCAGCCUCCCUACGCGAGACGGGCACACAGAGGACCAUGCAUAUGCACAAGAUGAUUAGGAAGAUAACCUAUAGCCUGGGAAGACAUUUGUCCGCUGUGGCACGUGGGACCACCCAGGUGAGAAGAUUUCUGCAUGGUGCCUAUGUCAGGAUUCAGCCCUCCAUACAGGAAGCCCUGACGGAGGGGAGACCAGUUGUAGCCUUGGAAAGCACCAUCAUUACACACGGCAUGGCCUAUCCUCAGAAUCUGAGCAUGGCCAGAGAGGUGGAAGAAAUUGUAACAACAAAUGGAGCAGUGCCAGCCACUGUAGGUAUUUUAAGGGGUCGGAUCCACGUGGGACUUACAGAUGAGGAACUUGAGUUCUUGGCAAGCAGUGAAAAUGUAGUUAAAGUGUCUCGGAGAGAUCUUCCUUUUGUCCUCAGCCAGGGCUUGUCUGGUGGCACUACCGUGUCCGCAACAAUGAUUGCUGCACACAAAGCAGGAAUCCCCGUGUUUGUGACAGGCGGCAUAGGAGGUGUCCAUCGGGGAGGAGAAAACACUCUGGAUGUGAGUGCUGACUUGACAGAGCUAGGACGAACUCCAGUUGCUGUUGUAUCUGCGGGAGUCAAGUCUAUCCUUGAUAUUGGCAGGACACUGGAAUAUCUGGAGACUCAGGGAGUCUGCGUGGCUGCCUUUGGUGAGUCAAGGGAGUUCCCAGCCUUCUUCUCACGCCAGAGCGGCUUCCAGGCACCGUAUCACGUCCGGGAUGAAGAGGAGGCAGCUGAACUCAUUGCCAGCGCUCUGGGGCUAGGCCUGAGCAGCGGGGUGCUGAUAGCAGUGCCCUGUCCCGAGGAGCGAGCUGCCUCGGGCCAGGUCAUCGAAGAGGCCAUCCAGCAAGCCCUCAGCGAAGCCAGGUCCAAGGGGAUCACAGGCAAAGAACUGACCCCUUUUAUGUUACAGAAGAUCAAUGAAUUAACUGAUGGGAGAUCACUGGAAUCCAACCUUGCUCUGAUCCAGAACAAUGCCAGAGUGGGCAGCUGCAUUGCAGUGGCCCUAAGCAAGCUACAGAAAGCCAGAAGAAAGGGAAACCUGCCUCGGCAAGAAGACACAACCCCACCUCAGCCAGUGGUGAUUGGAGGUAUCAACGUUGACUUUAUAGCCAAGGCGCAGAACCCUGUCAUCCUGGGUGGUGGGCAAACAAACACUGGAAGAGUGAGACGAACCUUUGGUGGCGUUGGAAGAAACUUGGCAGACUGCUUAAGCCGUCUUGGACAGACUCCUCUCUUUUUAUCAGCUGUGGGGAAGGAUGAACAUUCAGAGUCCAUCCUGCACUACUGCCACCACAUGGACAUGAAGGCCGUUCUUCAGCUGGAGGGGAAGAGCACAGCCACUUACUGUGCUGUGAUCACUAGCACUGGGGAGCUGAGCGUCGGCUUGGGAGAUAUGGACAUCCACCACCAGAUAACAGAGCAAUACGUGUCCCAGUUCAAGGAGGACCUGUGCCAGGCCCCUCUAGUUUGCAUUGAUGGAAAUGUGCCUCUUUCCACUAUUCAGUACGUCUGCCAACUAGCUAGAGAGCAUCAGCUAGCAGUGUGCUAUGAGCCAACAGAUGAGAACAAGGCCUCUAAGCCAUUCCUCUCAGACAGCUGGAAAGCGCUCACAUACAUUUCCCCCAACCUGCAAGAGCUAAGAGCAAUAAAUCGGACCCUGGGGAACCCUCUGCCAGCAGAGCUGCCAUCCAGGUCGGAGGAUGUUGUCCAGACUGCAGUGGCCUUGGCCCGCCCUUUGCUGGCCCACCUGCACUGUGUGGUGGUGACCCUUGGCGCUCACGGCAUCCUCCUGUGUGGCAAGAGCCUGGGAGGCAGCAUCUCGCUUCGUCCAGGAGCCCACGAACAGACUGCUGCUGCUGCCAGCCUCUGCGCCACCCACUACCCCGCCAUCCACAUCAGCAGGGAGGAGAUAGUCAACGUCUCAGGAGCCGGUGACAGCUUAAUGGCGGGAAUCCUUGCAGGGAUGCUGGCUAAACAUGACACAGAUACCUGUGUCCGGAUGGGUCUUCUUGCUGCAAGCUUGUCUCUCCGUUCCUUCGAGCCAAUUUCCCCAGAAAUCAGCACUUCCAGUGUCAGCCAGGAGCAAGUCAAGAGCAGGAGCUGGCCAGAGGUAAAGGUGUGGAAGAUGGACUAGAGCACCAGGGCUUUCUCAGCCAUCACCUCCUUGCACUCCCGACAUUGCUGUUUCCAGGAACUGGGCCGUGUUUUUAAAUUUGAGCUCAAAAGCUGGCUCCUGACCAGAGGACUUAGACUUUCGGCACACAAUACCUUUUGGGAGCUAAAGUGUCAAUGGAGUGCAUUUGGUGACAACUUGUAUUGCACUGUU